AUGCAUGAUAUUGAGCUCAACAAAACAGAGACGGUCAUCUUGUUCGUCGUUGUCUUCUCGGUGACUGCUGUCGUCUAUUUCACAGUGGCAAUUGGAGUUUUUGUACCUUUGUUUGUUUCUCUUACUUGUUAUCGUGCCAAUUACACUCCGAAAGCUGUUGCACUCACGAAUGACGAAAACAAUGAAAGUACGGGGAACACGAAUGCGGAUUUGCCAUUCGUGAAAAGCAUAUUUUUCAGAGAUUCGGUCCAUAAACUAGGCGCUCCGUUGCAAGGACUGUUUUCAACCUGCAAGCGAAUCCAUGCGAUAGAGGGAUGGCGUGGCCUGUACCGAGGAACUUGGCUUGUCUUGAUUCAGGGACUAGUCCUAUUAAUUCCCAGCAUGUUUGCUUUAUAUGCGAUGUAUCCCUUCAAUGAACACACGCUGCAGAAUCCCUCUCCGAUACCAUUUGGCGUCGCAAUUUUACUCGAGCUCAUUUCAUUUGUAUUGGUGCUGCCUGUAGAUGUCUUGAAGCGUCGUACUAUGGUUCACCCGAAGCGUCUUUGCUGGACUCGCCCAGUUGAGAGUCUCAAAGAAGUUCUUACCGCGGAGGAGUACAAUCAACCUUGGCGUUUGUAUCUAUUACCUUGUGUUGUAUCAACAAAACUGCUGCAAAUUUUUAUCGUCAACUUCCUCGCUCCAAUGGGGAGGCUGGCGCUUGCACCAUCGAUUCUCUCGGGAAUAUUUGUCUCUUUGGUCAAGAAAAGAAGUAAUUCCGAUGCCAUUUCGAUGCAUUGGAACUGGUUUACUAUUCUUUUAUAUAUUAUAUGGGCUUUCUUUGUGCUUGUCGCGCUGUUGCUCCUCGAUAACAUAUACGUAAGGGCAACUACUCAGCGUGUUGGUCCGUCAUGUGCAGCAGUGCAAAGCAGUCGCUCAAACAGCACAACUACGGGCGAUAGUCAAGCGACUGUUGAACAACAUCAUUUGAGUGCAAGUGAAAGUGAGCAGAGCGAAGAGCCAAUCGUAUCCCUAAGACCAUGUCUCGGAAACAAUGAUCCCGCAUGGACGUUUUUUGGUGCCUCGCAUGUGGAGCCUUACACAAGCAUCAUGGACAUGGUUCGGAAGAUGCAAAAUGAAGAAGGCAAUCGCAGUCUGACACGUGGUUUCAUGUAUACGGUACUGGGACAUCUAUAUGUUGUGUAG